GUUUUGUGUUUGCUUUUUGUCUUCUUCCUUGGAUGGUGCUGGCUCUCGUGCGGAGAAGAGCAUGCGUUUGCCUAGGUGCGUAAUGCGGCAGGCAGUGGGUUUGUUGGUGUUCUUUGUCUCCUCUCUGCCAGGAUGUUUUUUCCUUGUUUUCUUUUCUGGGCGUUUAGGUGUGCCCUGCUACUAUUACUUCAGGCCAUGUCAUUAGGACAAGUAGGAAUGGGGCUGCAUAAGGCGGCGGAAGAAGAGACGAAAAGCCUCUUUGUCCUUUGCGUAUCACCAAGAGCUUCGUACAACAAAGCGUCUGGUUCUAUUUCCGUUGGAGCCACAGGAUUGUGUCACCGAGAGACACAUCACAUCACAUCACUCUACAUGGCACUGGCCGCUGCGCUGGCUGGGUAUCACAGGGUCUCAAGCGGCUCACUCUCAGCCCUGUCUUGGGCCCACGGAAAGAUAGUGGCCACGGCAUGAGAUGAAUGCGAGAGUAUUUGCGCAUGGCAUGGGGGGCAUGGCGUGUGUCUCUUCUUCUUCUUUUCCUUCACCUUGUCGAGACCCCCUCACUUUCAGCCCGAUUUGGGGCCUGAACAAUUCCACUAGCCAUGUCAUAAAAAUGAUGAUACAGAGUUAUUACCUGGCUAAGGUAGGCAAGGGCGGCGCUUUGAUAGGUCGUUGGCUCCCAAAAAGCAGAUGCAUAAGUUAGGUUGGGCAUCUGUAUAAAAAAAAAAAAAAAAAACCGACUGGGAUGGGCCCAUUUGGAUUCGGAGCGCC